AAAAAUGGAUUCGGGUUAAAAUGCCAGCCCUACACACACCUAUCCCGCUCCCUUCAAUUAGCCUUUCAUUUUCUCUCUCCUCUUCUUUUCCCCAACUCCUACCCACCUUCAUUUUUCUCUCUCCUCUUUUCUUCUCACUCUCUUCUUCUUCCUUCCAACCCACCAUUCUAAUUCACCAGGAGUAUAAUUAUAAAAAUGGAGUGCAUGAAUGCAAGGGCGCUAAAAUCAAACUUCUCGUCGGAAACACCCAUGAAAACCAACAACCCACCAAAUUUCUUCGACGAUUUUUGGUGUAUUUCAGGUUUACCGGCCGAAGACUUCUCAAUUGACGAAUUUUUCGACCUUCCGAAUGAAGAUGAUGUUAAUGGUUCGUCGCUUUUGGAGGAAGAAGAAGAAAAAGACUCUUCCACCUUUUCUCCCUCCUCUCACGACCCUGUUGAUGAUUCCAACUCCAAUUUCUCCCCCGGCCUUGCAAUUCCGGUUGAUGAUGUACAAGAGCUUGAAUUGUGGUCACAUUUGAUGGACGAUUCUAUCCCUUCACCAACACUUGCAUGCCCAAAACCAAUUUCAGAGACCCGAAAAACAAAAGCCGGGUUCACUUUUAUGAACCGGGUUGAACCGGUGAGUAAACCGGGUUUGACCCGAGUGUCAUGUAUCCCAAGCCCAUCAGCGGUUCCGGUGAAGCCAAGGAGCAAACGGGCGAGGACAACCGUGAACCGGGCAUGGACAUUUAGUUCAUCCCCAAAAACCGAUUCGGCAUCAUCGUGUUCGUCAACGUCUUCGCCGGUAUCAACCCUUUUAUUCCCACCACCGGUUCAAUACAUGGGGUUGCUAUUUAAUAACAAACGGUCCAUGAAAAAGCCGAAGAAAAAACCGAGUUUAGCGUCUUCGGUUGGAGAAAAUCCUUUGGUGCAAAGGAAAUGUAGCCAUUGUCAAGUGACCAAGACUCCUCAAUGGAGGGCCGGUCCAAAUGGGUCGAAAACAUUGUGUAAUGCUUGUGGAGUUCGGUUCAAGUCAGGGCGAUUGUUUCCGGAGUAUAGACCGGCUUGUAGUCCGACUUUUUCGAGUGAGGUUCACUCCAAUAGUCACCGGAAGGUGUUAGAGAUGAGGAAGAAAAAGGAGUCGACCGAGUCCGUUACCGGUUUAGCUCAGACGGUUUUGAGUAGUUAGAGAGGGAAAUUAUGAACCGGGUUUGAGAGAUUUGUGUUUUGAAUUAACCCGGUUUAAUUUGUACAAUUCAAGUAGUGGUGGUUUGGUAGGUUUAGUUGUAAUAGAUAGUAUUAGGAGGGGUUAAUUUUUAGUAAUUUUAGUUUUAGUAGUAGUAGUAAUAUUUUUGCUUAGUUUAAUUAAAUUUGUUGUAGUUUCAAUCAAACUAGUUACUCCUAUAAUUUAAUUUUAGUUUCUUAGGUUUAAUUUGUGAGGUUGAAUUUCUUUUCCCUCUUUAACUUUUAGUGGAGUACGAGUAGUCUCACUACUACUCAUAUAUAUAUUCGUAUAUUUAUUUAGA